CAAAUGGCUGGAAGGAAUGACAGCAUGGUAACCCAUUUCAUCCUCCUAGGACUGACAGACCAUGGGCAGCUGCAGGUCCCUCUGUUCUUCGUAUUUGCAGUGAUUUACGUCAUCACUGUGUUGGGGAACCUUGGCAUGAUCAUUUUGAUUCGGACUCAUCUCCAGCUUCACACUCCCAUGUAUUUCUUCCUCAGUAACUUGUCCGUGAUCGACCUCUGCUAUUCCACUGUCUUUGCUCCGAGGUUGCUGGUGAGCUUCCUAGUGGAGAGCAAAACCAUUUCCUACUCCGCAUGCCUUUCCCAGAGCUUCUUUUUUGCGCUUUUUGCCACCGCGGAGGCGUUCUUACUAUCUGCAAUGGCAUAUGACCGCUACGUAGCCAUCUGUAGUCCGCUGCUCUACAGUACUGUUAUGACCAGGAGAGUCUGUACGCAGCUAGUGGUGGGAUCGUACGUGGGGGGGCUCCUGAACUCGUUGACGCACACUUGUGGCUUGCUGGGGCUGCCAUUCUGCGGGCCCAAUGUCAUCAAUCAUUACUUUUGUGACGUACCUCCCCUGCUGCAACUGGCGUGCUUGGACACCCGGCGUAAUCAGACUUUGCUAUUAGUUUUCUCUGCGGUUCUCGCUCUCCUGACCCUCCUGGUCAUCGUCGUUUCCUACGCGCGCAUCCUCUCGGCCAUCCUGAGGAUCCGGUCGGACAACAGCAGGAAGAAAACCUUCCACACCUGUGCCUCUCACCUGACUGCCAUCACCAUUUUCUACGGCUCCGUUUCAUUUAGCUACAUCCAACCCAGCUCCAGCUACUCGAUGGAGCAGGAGAAAGUCUCAGCAGUCUUCUACACCCUGGUGAUCCCCAUGCUGAACCCCCUGAUCUACAGCCUGAGGAACAAGGAAGUGAGGAACAGCUUCAGGAGGACUCUUAGGGCAAAGCAGCUUUUCCACUAA